AUGUCUGACGAUGAGAAUGAGGAGAAUUUCAGUGAGUUUCUGUGAAACUAGAUUCUAGCUAAAUUUACGACCUUAAAAUCCUAGCUUGGAUUUUAAGGUCGUAGAUUUGAGAUCUGCGUGGGAAAAAAUUGAUAAGCCGUAUUUUUGCUAGAAAAUCGGAUUUUAAGAUUUUCUAGGGUAAAAGAUUUAUCUGAAUUUUAAAAAUGACGAAUUUUUGGAUCGAGUGGCGAUUUUGAGCGCGAAUUGUCAGAAAUUUGAAAAUUUUUCUACAAAAUUCUGGAGAUUUCUGUUCCAAAUUUCGUCCCAAAAAUCAAUAUUGCCACGUGGAUUCCCCCAAAUUUCCAGCUCAAAAAGUCAUCGACGAAACCUGCCGCCUUUCCGAAAAACAACGCGACAUAAUCCGCCGAACCUUCGCCAACAUGGAAAAAGACGGCGUCAAAAAUGGUCUCAAAAUAUUCGUCCGGCUAUUCUCCGAAUAUCCAAGAUACAAAUUAAUUUGGCCACAAUUCAGAGCAAUUCCUGAUUCUUCUCUAAUGAAUGCGAUAGAAUUAAGGUAAUUGACGAAAUACUUAAUUAGGUGAUUAAAUUAAUUAAAAAAUUUUAUAGACGUCACGCUUCAGUCUAUUUAAAAGGUUUGGGAAAAAUCAUCGAAUCGAUGAGAAACGAAGAAGAAUUGGGAAAACAAUUGGCUCGAAUUGCUCAAGCUCAUAUCAAAUGGAAUGUUCAACGAAACCAUGUUAUCGUAAGUACAAACUAUUUAGAAAAUCAGGAAUCCGGAUUAUUGAUUUUUCAGCACAUGAUUGAGCCGGUUCUCGAAGUUGUCAAAGAAACAAAUGGCUAUCAAUUGGAUGAGGAAACUCGUGUUGCUUGGAGUGUUUUGUAUCAAGUUAUUGCGAAUUUGAUUGAGGUUUUCAGAAAUCGCGCGCUCCAUGAUCAUUGA